AUGGAUUUUUUUAAGCCUCCCAUCGUGCUCAUCCACGGCUUGUGGAUGACACCUCUUUCAUGGGAGUACUGGAUACCAUAUUUCCAGAAAGAAGGAUUCGAGGUCCACGCCCCGGGUUGGCCGGGGGUGGACGGCCGAACGCAUGAAGAGAUCCGUGCGGACCCGAAGCCGAUAUCCCUUCAUCGAAUCGAAGACAUUGUAGACCAUUACGAGACAUACAUCAGGAAGCUUGCAGAACCCCCUAUCAUCAUUGGUCAUUCUUUCGGCGGCCUGUUCGCCCAAAUACUAUUAUCGCGAGGACUUGGCGCACUUGGAAUCGCUGUGUGCCCUGCGCAACCAGCGGGAAUCAUUUACAUUUCGCCAAGCACAAUAAGAACGGCGAUGCCCAUCUUCACUCACCCACUGCAUUCGGAUGCGACAGUACCGAUCUCCGAGAGUCACUUCCACUACUGCUUCGGCAACCUCGUUGCCGCUGAGGAGAGCAAGAAACUAUGGGAGCGGUAUUGCAUACCUGCAGAUUCCCGGGUCUUAUGGCAACUAGCAACCAAUGUGACAGCUGGAGAAGCGGCGCCUCACUACGUCCAGUUUGACAAACCGGAUAGAGCACCUUUAUUACUCAUAGGAGCCUCGAAAGAUCAUAUUGUGACAGCAAGAACCGUUAGGAAGGAGUUCAAGGCAUAUAGGGGACGUGCGCCAGUGAAAUACAAGGAGUUCGGAGGCAUGAGCCAUGGCCUUAUCUUCCAAGAAGGAUGGGAAACGGUUGCGAAUUAUGUGUUGGAGUAUAUUAACAAGCAUAUCCAUUGA